GACCAGCUCAACAGGGAGCUGGAUGGGGGUCAGCUCCUUCAUCUUAAGGGAAGGGGAAGGUGUGGAGGCACAGAGAGGGGUGAUCGCCAACUUGUUUUCCUUAGGGCGAGGGGGAAGGGUCUGCAGGGAACCCGGUGGGCGCCAGCUUGUUUUUCUUCCCAAGGGGAGGGGAAGCUGCAACAAAUGGGAAAGACAAGUCCUCAAUCCUGUUAAUGCUAGACAAGGGGAAUUGCAAAAAAUGGGGGAAAGACGAACUUGUUAACUGGAUCAUAAUCCCCACUCUCAGUUAUGACCUUCCAUUUCUAUGGGAAAAGGGGCGUCGUUGUCAUCUGGCUGCUUCCUGCUGAGCAGGGUCGUCGUGGUGGGGGUUUACGAUGGAAGGCCUGCACUUACUGGUGCCAUAGUUCCCGACACGAUGUUAAGGUCUUGGUGCUGGUGUGGCAGCGACAAGAUAUACAACACAGCGUAGUCCUAAAUGUAAGAGGGAUUACUUUUUCUCUUCCUCAAGAUGAUGACAUUAAGGCUACAGCCCUCACUGGAGAGGACCGGAGAAUAAUAUAGUUACGGAGACAUAAUUUUUCUCUACCCUCAUCCCAAUUCUGUAAAAUAGUAAACCAAAUCUAAUUUUAACAAUUUUCCCUAUAUUUGCAUAAACUCAUAGGGCAGAGUAAACAAGUAGAGUGUUGCUGGCUUUGUUGAAAAUUCCACAGGCCUUAGCGUGAGCUUUUUAACAUCCAGUCCAUGCCGGCUUUAUCAAAGUCACAGUCUCACCAAUCUUCACCUGAGAAUUCCUCUUCUCAAGGUUCCCAGGACUUUUUCCAGGGUUUUCCUCAGUCCUGUCCAUGGAGGCAGCUUCCUCAUUUUUCAUGGAGGUCUCUGGAACCCAGUAAGCAAGGUGGCAGGCUCUUCUUGGCUCGCUCUUCUCAGCUCAGCACGGUUUAUUCCCAGAAGAAUUUCAAUCAAAGCCUUUUAACAAAACAUGUUUAAUUUACCAGGUUAAGGAGAAAUAAAUAAAAUUCCCUAUUGAGAUUAUGCAAAGAUAGACAUUGUCCUGAGAAGUACAAAUAUUGCCUAUAAAUUUUUGGGAUGAGACAAGAGAAAAGCAAAUGCUUCAGUUUGUUCAUAAAAAGAUGCAAAUUGUCAUUGUUAAGAUCAUAGCCCAGCUUAAAGACAAGGUUUCUGGAGACCCAAAAAACCAAAACAUUAAAAACUAAUUUUUUUUAAAAGUCAUGAAAUAUUAUUCAAAUCUUCCUCAGUGUACUUUCCAUAUAUUAAGUCUCCAUCUUCUGUUGGUAAUUUUCAUAAAUCAAAUUUUUAUAGGCUCGGUAGGUCUUUUCAGUUCCAAAACAUAUCUAUAUUGUCAGUCUCUUUUUGUGAGUUUUUUUAAAGACAAAGCUCAGCAAAUAAACUUUAGAAAGAACAAAAACUCGAAAAUGACCGUACCUAAAAUCACGGCUUAAGGUAAAAGACAAGGAUGUUUGCUCAAUUUUGUGACACACAUACACAUAUAUAUUUCAGUAUAAUCAGAACCAUCCAAUAAUAUUAUACCAGAACAUACUAGGUUUUAAAAAUCGCAUAUAUUUUAGAACACUUUAAUCAAUUUUAUAUAUGCUGAAAAGGUAUAACUUUUUCCCUCAAUGACAAUUUUUAUGAAGUUUUAACAUUUCUAGAUUGGUCCAAUGUGUUUUAGCAUUUUGCUAUAAGGAAAAUAAUUUAUUAAGAGUCCUAAGACGAAUCAAAUAAUUUUACUUGAUUCAAAAAAAAAAAAAUUUACCAUUUCUGAAAUUUGACUCCAAGAAAAGUUUUUCACAGGCUUAAUAAUAUAUACAGAUUUUUAUAAAACAACACUAAGGUACCCAGAGUGAUAACUAGAGGUUUUUAAAAGUAGAUAUAUUUUCACAGUGCUCAACAAUGCUGACAGGACUAUAUUUUUCAGUUUACCAAGUCCAAGGGUAAAAGAGAACCAAGAUUUCAGAUUACCUAAACAGUUUUUAAUUUGUCAUCAAGAACUAGUAAAAGCAGUUUAAGAAUAUUUGAGCCUUUACUGCAGAUGGAAAAGAAAUUAAAUUUUGGUUUUACGUAAGUACACCACUGAUAAUAAAUUUGAAUAUUCCUAAAGCAAGUCAUUCUAGCACAUAGCAUUUUUCUAAGAUACCUCUCUCAGAUCUGCAAAGCUUUAACACCUUUUUUUUUUUCAAGAUAGCUAUUUUGUUUUGACACUAAAUUUUUCAGACCUUUAGCAUAUUUUUUUACAUACAUAUCUUAACACAAUCUCGCUUUAUUUGCAUUUAGAGUUACAACAUUUUAGUUUUUAAUUUUUAGAUUGUAAGACUGUUGUAGAAGACUUUUGUCUUUAUUUAUGCCCACAGGCCCAGAGAUCUUUUUCCAAAGUCCAAGCCCCCAGCAAUUAGGCAAUAGAGCAUCCAUUGCCCCAGCAGAGGCACAUUCAUCGCACUUUAAAGCAAGCAGGGAGUACAGAAGCUGGAGACUCCCAAGAGGUCAUCUGGUCAUCUGGGGCACACAAGUCAGGCGCCUGGCCGGAGAAAGUCCAUCAGUCACUCCCUGAAACUUUUAGUCCACUCUGAGGCCUUGUCCCAACAAAACUUCACCUAAUUAACAGAUUCUACAUAAUUAUCCAGAAUCAGCAACUAACCCGAAGGCUCACAAGGGGCGAAUCCCUCCCAAACAGAAGACAACUAAAUCCGUUCAAUCUCUGCACAAGCUCCGGAGAGCAUACCGUCUGCCCACCUGUGCCUAAGACGUGGCCAGCAGGUUGGCGAGGCUCAAACAGGAUCCUCUUCCAGACCCCAAGAAUCCAGAGCCUUUAGAGGCGGCUGUUGCAGAAGAAGGUCAUUUCCCUUCCCGCUCUGCUGUGAGGCCGGUGGCCGCAGGUUGGAGGGCCCAAUGGCUGCAGAAUCCCAGCCCCGCGCUCCCAAAGCCAAGAGCCCGAACCGCGUGGCCAGCGGCAGGGCCGCAACCCAGGGCCAGUGGGGCCGCGCCUGGGAGGCCGACUGGUUUUCCCUGGCGAACGUCAUCUUCCUGCUGCUGUUUGCGCCCUUCAUCGUGUACUACUUCAUCAUGGCCUGCGACCAGUACCAGUGCGCCCUGACCAGCCCCGCCCUGGACCUCGCCACGGGGCGCGCCCGGCUCUCCGACAUCUGGGCCCGGACGCCGGCGGUCACCUGGAAGGCGGCCCAGCUCUACGCCCUGUGGGUCUCGUUCCAGGUGCUCCUGUACAUGGCGCUUCCCGACGUCUGCCACCGGCUCCUGCCCGGCUACGUGGGCGGCGUUCAGGAGGGCGCCGUGACGCCCUCAGGCGCCGUGAACAAGUACCAGGUGAAUGGCCUGCAGGCCUGGCUCAUCACGCACCUGCUCUGGCUCGCCAACGCCCACCUCCUCUCCUGGUUCUCCCCCACCAUCAUCUUCGACAACUGGAUCCCGCUCUUCUGGUGUGCCAACCUCCUGGGCUACGCGGUCUCCACCUUCGCCAUGGUCAAGGGCUACUGCUUCCCCACCAACGCCAAGGACUGCAAGUUCACAGGCAGUUUCUUUUACAACUACAUGAUGGGCAUCGAGUUCAACCCUCGCAUCGGGAAGUGGUUCGACUUCAAGCUGUUCUUCAACGGGCGCCCGGGCAUCGUCGCCUGGACGCUCAUCAACCUGUCCUUCGCGGCCAAGCAGCGGGAGCUGCACGGCCAGGUGACCAACGCCAUGGUCCUGGUCAACGUGCUGCAGGCCAUCUACGUGCUGGACUUCUUCUGGAACGAAACCUGGUACCUGAAGACCAUCGACAUCUGCCACGACCACUUCGGCUGGUACCUGGGCUGGGGCGACUGCGUCUGGCUGCCCUACCUGUACACGCUGCAGGGUCUGUACCUGGUCUACCACCCCGUGCAGCUGUCCACCCCCCACGCCCUGGGCGUCCUGCUGCUGGGCCUGGUGGGCUACUACAUCUUCCGGAUGACUAACCACCAGAAGGACCUGUUCCGCCGCACGGACGGACGCUGCCUGAUCUGGGGCCGCAAGCCCCGGUUCAUCGAGUGCGCCUACACCUCGGCCGACGGCCAGCGGCACCGCAGCAAGCUGCUGGUGUCCGGCUUCUGGGGCGUGGCCCGCCACUUCAACUACACCGGGGACCUGAUGGGCAGCCUGGCCUACUGCCUGGCCUGCGGCGGGGGCCACCUGCUGCCCUACUUCUACAUCAUCUACAUGACGGUGCUGCUGACCCACCGCUGCGUGCGCGACGAGCACCGCUGCGCCCACAAGUACGGCCGGGACUGGGCGCGCUACACGGCCGCCGUGCCCGCGCGCCUGCUGCCCGGCGUCUUCUAGGGGCCGUCCUGGGGGAGGACCCGCGAGCCGCGCAGCCGUUGCGGGGGGCUGUGGGGGCAUCCCAGCCCCACCCAGAGCCUCAGCUUCCUUGGUGGUGACAUGGACGCCUGGCGGGCUGGCGCUCCCGCUGCUGGGCGCUGCUCCCUGGCUCUCGGGCACUCCGAGGGUUGGGCCUGCUGCCUUCUCACCAGCAGACGACCGUCCCCGAGCCUUGCCGAGGGCGACUGUGCUUCCUGUCGUGGGGCGCCUCCCGCCCCCGCCUCCUGGACAGACGAGGCCGCGCUGGCCGGUCUUGAGCCCAGUGAAGGGGCUGCAGGGAGUGCUGCUCGGGCCAAUGCCGGCGCCUGGACCCCUCCUCAGCGGCCCCAUCCUGAGCUGCACCCGACGCCCUCUGCGCGCACGGCCAGAUGUGUCGCGCAUGGACACGAGGCUCCGACACGUCCCUAAACCAGCCCUGCCGCCAGCCACCCCGGCCGGGCCUGCCCAGCGAGAUCCGAACCCCAGCCUUGGGCCAGGCCUGCCAGGUCCUUUCCUUCCUCGGGCGCCCCCGACCCAGAAUCCUGCCUCCAGACUCGGCUGCCCUCGUGUUAGUCUUUAUAUUAAACUUUCUACUCGGUCUUCCGCUGUCCCCUGCGCCUGGC